ACGGACUCCGCCGGUGUGUGGUGUGUGAGCACGCGCGCGCGCAGCCGUACGGACACGGACGCGUGCGGCGAACACAGCGGGGAGACAAGAGCCGGCCUGUAGAUACAUGAGUCCAGGCUGAUCGCUGAAGCUAUACCGCAGCGGUCGACACACGGAGCUGACGGCCGACUGACCGCUGACGUCUGGCCGCCGGUGCGGCUGCGACAGUGACUGGUGCCGACCGAGGACGAAUCAUGGCCGCGCUGACGUUGCCGGCCGUCGUGCUGCUCAGCCUGACGACGCUGGUGACUGCCUUCAACCUGGACACGCUGCACCCGGUCAUCUUCCAGGGACCGAUCUCGCGUCCGGAGGCGGCGCGCGGGGACUCGUACUUCGGCUUCGCCGUGGGCCUGACCAAGUCGUUGGAUGGCUCUCCCUGGGUGCUGGUGGGCGCGCCUAAAGCCAACUCGACGCUCGGUCUGCACAGCAUACCGGAGACGGGCGCCAUGUUCAAGUGUAGCGUGGGGAGUCUCGGCUGUCGGGAGGUGGUGAUGGACACGUCAGACGACUCGCGUCGUCAGGGCCAGCCGCCGUUCUACUACCGGGACCGGCGGGACGGCGCCUGGAUCGGCGGCGCGCUCGACACCGACCCUUCACCCCAGGGCAAGGUGUCGGUGUGCGGCCACCGCUGGAUGAAUCAGCUGUCCAAGAGCAAUCAUUAUGGCAACGGC